GGAUAGCGAGAUGAGAAACGAUUUUAUCACGUAGAGAAAUUAGAUUCUAAUGGGAUUUUAAUUCUUGAUCAUAGUCCCAGGAGUAUCAGAAUUGUCAAAUUUUCGAAUAUUAGAAAAGAUCGAAAAAUGACAUCUUCAGAUUCCAUCGCAAUCGCAUGCGCGAAAUCUCUCGAGGACUUUGAACGUGAUUACAUGCCUCCUCGAUCUUCAUAUGCUCUUUACAACACUUCACCUCAGUCUGAAGAUGUGGCGGUCAAAUCUUAUAAAUUGGGUUUGUAUAAACCUGGUACGCUCUGUUCGCAGGAUUUAACGGCUUGUUUGGAGUUGGUGGAGGUGACGUCGGGGAAGCAUUAUAGGGAGAGUAGACAGGGGUGGAGUGGGAGGAGGAAGAGGAGCGAAAUGGAGUUGUGGGAUUUGAGGUAUUUGGUUGUGAGGGAGGUGGGUCUUGGGAUUGGAGAGGGAGAGGGAGAGGGAGAGUGGGAGGAUGAUGAGGAUGCGGAGGGAGUGGGAAAUCGUGGAGGUUCCGAAAAAGCGGGAGAGGAGAUAAUUGUGGAAGAGCGUGGAGAGGAAGGAGAAGGAGAAGGAGAAGGAGAAGGGGAGAUCAAGGGGUUUAUGAGUUUUAUGCCUACGUUUGAGGAUGGCAUCAAAGUGGUCUAUCUUUAUGAGAUACAUCUAAUGGAUGAACUACGCGGCACAGGUCUAGGCACCCAUCUAAUGUCCCUCCUUGCUAGCAUUGCGCGCGCAAUUCCCGGCGUCGAAAAAACAAUGUUAACAUGCUUUACGGCUAAUGAGGCGGCGUUGAAGUUUUACAAGAAGCUUGGAUAUGAGAAGGAUGAGUAUAGUCCGGAACCGAAGAGGUUGAAGGGGGGGAAGGUGCUAGAAAAUGAUUAUGUUAUUUUGAGUAAGAGGGUUGAGAGGACGGGGGAUGAGAGGGUGGGGGAUGAGGAAGAUAGUAAAGAGGUGGGGGUUGGGAAGGGGAAGAGGAAGAGGAGGGUUUGAACGAGGGUGGGAAAGGUUGCUGGAGAGGGGAGAGGAGUGUAUGUGUUAUGGCGUUUGGGAUACUAGUCUGGGAUGGGAAUUGAUACCAAGAAGAAAAGCGUGCUAGUGAUUGCGCAUUAUUAAAUUUACCUUCAGCGUUGAGAGAAUCAGUAAUAGAGUCAGAUGAGUACCA